AUGGCGCCCUCGCCAAAGGUCGCCUCGGCCCUCGCCCAGGUGCAAUCCGCCCCCGACGCCUCCAAGCCAGAGCAAUACGAAGCCAUCCUCCGUCAAAUUAAAGACCUCUCGUCCCCCUCAACCGCCACCACCGACCUCUCCGCCAUCGUCACCUCCAUCAUCUCCGCCUCCCUCGGCAUCGUGGCAACUCGCUCCCUCCUCGACCUCUUCGUCACCACCCUCCGCGACCUCAAAAACGUCGACCUGUGCAUCGAAGUCGGCAACCACGCCCUCGAGCUCAUCGCCUCCACAGGCGCCUCUUCUUCUUUCCUCGACCAGAUCGCCGCCCUCCGCGACCUCAUCGCCUCGGCGCACGAGUCCAACGAGGAUUACAUCGACGCGGCGCGGUGCCUGGCUCAGAUCCCGUUGGAUUCUUCGCAGAGGCAGGUCACGAAUGAGCAGGUGGCGAGGAUAUGGGUGCGCAUUGUGAGGAACUUCCUCGAGGUCGACGAUACGCCCGCGGCGGAUACCUACGUCAACAAGCUCAAGAACAUCAUGCACACCGUCGCCGACCCGGAGCUGCAUCUCCAUUUCCAGCUCUCGCAGGCGAGGAUCCGCGAUGCUAAACGGGACUUCUUGGACGCUUCGAAGCGGUACCACGACAUUAGCUUCUCCAAGGCCAUCGCCGAGGAGGAGAGGCUGCACACCCUGAGCAUGGCCAUCAAGUGCGCCGUCCUCGCCCCCGCGGGCCCCCAGAGGAGUCGGCUCCUCGCGAGGCUCUACAGAGAUGAGCGGUCCGCGGGUCUCGAGGAGUUCGGCAUCCUCGAGAAGAUGUUCCUCGAUCGGCUUCUCCGGCAGGACGAGGUCGACAAGUUCGCCAAGAGCUUGCUGCCCCAUCAGUUGGCCGUUACAGCCUCCGGCUCGACCGUGCUCGCCAAGGCCGUCGUCGAGCACAAUCUCCUCGGAGCGUCGCGGCUCUACGAGAAUAUCGGCUUCGAUGCCCUCGGUGCGCUCUUGGGGCUCGAUGCCGCUGGUGCUGAGGAUACUACGGCUCGCAUGAUUGAGCAGGGGCGCCUUCUUGGACGGAUUGAUCAGGUGGAUAGGGUUAUUUGGUUUGAGAAGGGCGAGGCGUCUGGUGUUAAGGGGAGUGGGAAGGCUGAUGUCCUUGUAGGUAAGGAGACGAGGAGGUGGGAUGCUAAUGUUCAGGGUAUUGCUGAGGAGGUGGAGCAUGUUGUUAAUGCUCUGCAGACUGAGUAUCCGGAGUUUGUCGCUGCCCACCUUAGGGCAUAG